AUGAAAGUAGAAACUUUAGUUAUGAAAAUAAUAGAAGCUGUUGAAACAGAUUCCCCUACUGUAAUAACUUUCAACGAUGGUGGUGUAAGCGUUGCCAACGAAAAGAAAGCUGCUAUUGCAAAAGCUGCUUCUACAAAAGCUGCCGAUGAAAAGAAAGCAGCCGUAGAUCAUAGACACAAUUUAGCAAUGGAAAAGUUGGCAGCAGAGGUUAAAAAACCUAAAACGGAAAAGAAAGGUUCAGGAGUGGGAGAAAUGAUAGGCACAAUGAAAGAAUUUGGAAAAAGAUUUAGUGAAGAAACCAAGAAAACUGUUAAACAAGGAUUAAAUAAAUUAGUAGAUAGUAUUGACACAGGAGAAAUCAAAGUCAAACAUAAGGGUAAUGGAAUAUUUUUAAAAAACAUACGCACUGGAGAAGGAAUAUAUCUUUCAAAGUAUAAAGGAGAAGGAGUGAUUUUUGGAACAAAUUAA